UGUAUCAGACCGCUCGAUCCCGGAGAUGGCCGUCAUUAAAACUGAAAGACCAUCAAGUACUGUUUGUGUCAACUCUAUAUCUCCAUCUCUUCUGUCUUUUCCAGGUUCCUAGAUCUCUUUUUCUCACGUCCCUAGAUUUCCUAGGUUAUCUGAAGCUCAAUUAUCAAGGUGGGAGAGCUUUUCAUUGUUCAUGCAAACAUAGAGCCAAAAGUCCUCCGAAACCUGUAAACUCGGACGGAUAUCCAGCAUGGGCGCUAAGAAAGACGUGUUCACUAUCGGACCAGGCUUCAUCGGCCACAAUAUUGUCGAGAUUCUCGUCGACCAAGGAUAUAAAGUUACCGCAUUGACUCGACGAGAGCAACACGCGGAAGCACUUAGACGAUCAGGAGCGACACCAGUGACGGGCCAACUGGACAGCUUCGACCUCAUCACAGAACAGUGCUCAAACAGUGACAUCAUCUUCCAGGUCGCCACCGGAGACAACCUGCCGCUCGAAAAGGCCAUAUUGGAAGGUAUCAGCAGGCGUGCACGAGGGGGCAAAAGCACGAUCUACGUUCACACGAGCGGAGCAAAAGUGUUUGACGACGGCGCAAAAGGCAUGUUCGCGUCCGACAGGAUCUACCACGACGACAAACGAGAGGAGAUGGACAGCGUGGCAGACUCGGCUCCACAUCGAGAUGUCGACCUAGCAUUGGUGCGUGCUCGAGAGGAAGAAGUUGCACUCAGAGACCACCUCAGGUUGGCCAUCGUCUUACCACCAGAAGUUUACGGGUACGACGCCAAACACGACAGGUUGUCCAUGAUGAUUCCAAACCUUACGCGUUUCGCCAUCAAACAUGGUUAUGCGCCCGUAAUAGGCAAAGGUCUAUCUCUCGAAACUCAGGUACACGUCAUGGACCUCGCGAGGGGCUAUGUCGACGUGAUGCAUUACCUGGAACACGCCGCUGCCGACCCCGAUCACCAGGACCAAGCCCUCGCGAAUCCUUAUUGGCUGUGCGAGAAUGGCGAAGAGUUCACGUGGAAGGAAGCGGCAGAGACUAUCGGCCGGGCUCUCUAUGAGGCGGGCAAAAUCCAAGAUCCUACGCCCAGGAAUCCGCCAGAGCAUUUGUACCCCGAGCUGUGUGGACACAAGACCGAGAGCUACAUGGGUCUGAACUGUCGAGCCAAGGCUGUCCGUCUGAGAAAACUGGGUUGGGAGGCUCGUGAGAAGGGGAUCUGGGAAUCGUAUCUACAAGAUGAAUUGCCGGUGAUUCUGCGGCGAAUAGAUGAAAAGCAAUAAGGCGACCAAUCGAUCACUUUGUACUGCGAUUGAGGAGCUGCAAUUCAAUAUCAGCUUUGACAAUUUGUCAUUGGGGAUCCCUUUUCAUCCAUCCGACUCUUCAUACGAUUCCUGGGAUGUUAUGUUCAGUGGAGGUCCAUUCAUUCUUGGGCCCGAAUGGCUGAAAUUCUCCUAUCCGCCCCAUUCAAGGAUUCACAUUGUGACAGACUCCGAAACAUUACACUCAUGUCAACUUUGAAUUAUUGAGGCAAAGAGGUAGGGAGCUAGGCACAUUUCCAAUUAUCAGCCAAAGUAACAUCUCCCUUGCCUUUGUACUUUGCCAUGAGGGGAUAAGCACAGAUUGGCCUGUGAUAGAUGGUCCCAUUCUCUGUCGGCAGACUGGCUCCUUGCAGGAUCUCCGGCGCUUUCCCUUCCUCUACCCAGGCAAUAAGAGUUUCGAACACAUGUCCUGGGUACAACCCAUUGCCACCUCCACAGUGAGAAAUACCUGGUGCCUGGAACAAUCGGUAAUAUUCAUUGAUACCAGGAUCCAGCUGCGCCAC